AUGCUAUCGAAACGACACAACCAAACGAUAGUACCAGGUAAGUAAGCUCCUUCUAACUUCAAACAAAUUUCUGCAAUAUACUAAUCAUUAGUUCAGAAUUCACACGUGACGAUGUUUUAAAGUUCUCUAAAGAUUUCUUCGCGGGUGCCGCAGCAGCAGCGAUCUCAAAAACAGUAAUUGCUCCAAUGGAGCGGGUCAAACUCAUUUUGCAGGUAUUUUCUUGUUUUCAUCCGUUGCAAAAUAGUAUUUUAGCUGCAAAACUCCCAGUCUACGCUCGCAAUUGAUAAAAGAUAUAAAGGUAUCAUUGACUGCUUCGUUAGAGUACCAAAAGAGCAAGGAUUUCUCUCUUUCUGGAGGGGAAACUGGGUUAAUAUUAUGCGCUCGUGUAGUCAGGUACGAUAGCUUUUAUUUUAACAUCGACAAGUUCUGUUCAGGAAUCGUUAGGGCUUGCUUUCAAAGAACUAUUUCGUAAGUUCAGCGUAGAGGGCCUCGAUCCAUCGAAAGAUAAAAUGCGAUUUCUCAUGGGUAAUACAUAAACUAGAGCAAAAAAAAACUAUUGAAAACAUAGGGAAUCUGUUUGCUGGUGGAAGUAGUGGUGCUGCAACAUUGGCCACGAUUUAUCCUCUUGAUUUUGUGAGGACGCGGCUUGCAAUCGACAUGGGAAAGCAAAAAGUUGUGAGUUUUCAAACUAAAAAGUUUAAAUUGGCAAAAUGAAUGGGUUUUGAGGACCGAGAGUUCACAGGAAUGAUUGACUGCAUGAAAAAAAUUGUGAAACACGAUGGAAUUCGCGGGUUGUACAAGUGAGUGAUUCAAGGAGCGCGAUUGUACUCCGCUAAAAAAAAAUUAACAAAUGUACGACACGUGCUCACUUUUCAGCAUGUUCGUACAUACUCCAAUCUAUUGAUCCAAACUAAAAACAACUUUUGUAUUCGUCGUAUUCGUUUCAUGAUUUCAGAGGCUUGGUUCCAUCUUUGCAGUACAUGGUCUUGUACAGAGGCGCUUAUUACGGCCUUUUUGACACAGCAGUCCCUUACGUUGCUUCCAAUGGACGUCAGCUCUCAUUCAUGGGCGCAUUCAUGACCGGACAAGUAGAACCAAGAGUCUAGAAGCUGUGUCCUAAUCUAUUUUAGGUCGUCACGUUCGUCGCCGCUAUGGUUUCCUAUCCUUUGGAUACUGUGAGAAGGCGACUGAUGAUGGGUGCCGGCAAGAAAGAUUUUCUUUUCAACACUACGCUGUCUUGCGCAAAGGUUUUUUUUUUCAAUAUUAGGACCUGCGAAGAAAAGGUCAACUGAGAAAAAAUUCAAUGCUGGAUUGAAUACAAUGAUAAUAGCAGAAACAAACUUGCAAUCAGAGGGAUCAGAACGUUUCAGUCUGUUGAUAAUAUUAUUUUACAGUACAUCUACUUGCACGAGGGUCCACGCGCUUUCUAUCACGGCGCGUUGAUCAACGCGAUACGCGGAACCGGCGCCGCCCUUGUUCUAGCUCUUUACAACGAGUUUCAAAAAUACCAGUGA